UAGUUUGGCGCUUUGGUUGGUAGUGGCCAAGUUGAAGAGUUGUAAGCGGAGCUAGAACGGGAAGCGGUACGGGAAGAGUGAUCCCAGAGGUGGAUACCAUAUUUUGAUAGAGGGGGCGAUGUUAGAACAUUAUUGGAAGUAAAGGAAUGUCUAUGGCAACUAAGACUAGACGCUUCCAAGCCUCCAGAGUGUGUUCAAUUUAAACCGGCAAAAAAUUUUAGAACGAACAGACAUCUUGAAUCAAGAAUGGAAGCAGCGCCGGGUACAACCUGUACAAAUUAUGACCUCUGUGAGCUCUCUUCGUGGAACUAGGGAGUGUUCAGUGUCUAGUGAUUUUGAGUUACCUAAGCAAGUCCUCUCUCUAAAAACAAUGAAUGCAGUUGCUUCAAUUCCGAUUAUGUACUCAUGGUCUCCUCUUCAGCAGAAUUUCAUGGUUGAAGAUGAAACUGUUUUGCAUAACAUUCCUUAUAUGGGAGAUGAGGUUUUGGACCAGGAUGGUACUUUUAUUGAAGAGCUCAUAAAGAACUAUGAUGGAAAGGUGCAUGGAGACAGAGGAACACAACAGACAAACAGGUUUAACUCAGAACUUCAAGAAUGUGACUUCAUCACAGAUGAGAUAUUUGUAGAGUUGGUUAAUGCUCUCAAUCAGUACAGUGAUGAUGAAGAGGAUGAGGAUGAAAAUGAAAACCAUGAGAUUAAGAUGGAAAAGGUUGACAGGAGAGAAGAAAGAUCAGAAAAAAGAUGGGACCAAGAUAGUGGCUUACAUGGUAAGCAAGGUUAUAUACAAAGGAAGUUCCCUUCUGACAAGAUAUUUGAAGCAAUUUCUUCGACAUUUCCAGAUAAAGGGAGUGCAGAAGAACUUAAGGAAAAGUAUAAAGAGCUUACAGAACUGCAGCUUCCUGGUGCCCUUCCCCCAGAAUGCACACCAAAUAUAGAUGGACCAAAUGCAAAAUCUGUUCAGAGAGAGCAAAGUCUGCAUUCUUUUCAUACCUUAUUUUGCAGACGUUGUUUUAAGUAUGACUGCUUCCUGCAUCCAUUUCAUGCAACUCCAAAUACUUAUAAAAGGAAGAAUAAUGAAACGGCACUGGAAACCAAACCUUGUGGCCCAGAUUGUUAUCUACAUUUGGAAUUGAAAAUCUGUGAAGUUCAUCGGUUUCCAAAAUUCCAAAAUGAAACACCCAAGGAGAUUGUAGCUUCACUAACAGCAGAACGGGUAAAGACUCCACCAAAGCGCCCAGUUGUCAGACGAAGAGGCCGACUACCAAAUAGCACAAGCAGGCCAAGUACACCAACUGUAAAUGCAAAUGACUCAAGGGAUACUGACAGUGACAGGGAAGCAGGCACUGAAACUGGAGGAGAAAAUGAAAAAGAGGAAGAAGAUAAAAAGGAUGAAACAUCUAGUUCAUCUGAAGCAAACUCAAGAUGUCAGACUCCUGUUAAAAUGAAGCUAAAUUACGAACCUUCUGAAAACGUCGAGUGGAGCGGUGCAGAAGCUUCAUUAUUCAGAGUUUUGAUUGGCACCUACUAUGAUAAUUUUUGUGCAAUUGCAAAGUUGAUAGAGACGAAGACCUGCAGGCAGGUUUAUGACUUUCGAGUAAAAGAAUCUAGUAUUAUUGCUCCAGUUGUCGCAGAAGAUGCUGAUACACCACCAAGGAAAAAGAAGCGAAAACAUAGUUGUGGGCUGCACACUGCAGAAAGAUACAGCUGAAAAAAGAUGGUUCUUCCAAUCAUGUUUACAACUAUCAGCCGUGUGAUCACCCUCGCCAGCCGUGUGAUAGCGCCUGCCCUUGUGUCAUUGCCCAGAACUUCUGUGAAAAAUUCUGCCAGUGCAGUUCUGAAUGUCAGAAUCGGUUUCCAGGAUGCCGCUGCAAAGCUCAGUGUAACACAAAACAGUGUCCCUGUUACUUGGCAGUGCGAGAAUGUGAUCCAGAUCUUUGUCUAACUUGUGGAGCGGCUGAUCACUGGGAUAGCAAAAAUGUUUCUUGUAAGAACUGCAGCAUCCAAAGAGGAUCUAAAAAGCAUUUGCUGCUGGCACCUUCUGACGUUGCAGGCUGGGGAAUCUUCAUUAAAGAUCCUGUACAGAAGAACGAGUUUAUCUCUGAAUACUGUGGUGAGAUUAUCUCUCAGGAUGAGGCUGAUAGAAGGGGCAAGGUGUAUGACAAGUACAUGUGUAGUUUUCUUUUCAACUUGAACAAUGUUAUGAUGGUGAAUGGAGAUCACAGAAUAGGCAUAUUUGCCAAGAGAGCCAUCCAGACUGGUGAAGAACUAUUUUUUGACUAUAGGUACAGCCAGGCUGAUGCACUUAAAUAUGUGGGCAUUGAAAGAGAAAUGGAGAUGUCGUAAUUACAGCUACCUCUUCUGGAAAGAACUGCCUUAUCUUCAGGAACUUUAAAAAGUGCUGCGGGUGAAUGACAAAACAUGCUGAUGCAGUGUGAGGUUCUUGACUUGCAAUGUACUGUAACAGUAAUUUAUAGUGUAUUUCAGAUCCCGUUUUUACCACUGUUUUACCAGCCGCAAGUUUUUUUAUACCAGUGAACUUUUGCAAUAAAGCAGUGCGAUCAGGUUUCAGUCUUGAAUAAAUUAUACUUGAAUAUAA